ACAGAUAUUUUUUUGCUUUUCCCUCCCAUCUCUCUUCCCAGCCACACAACUUUUCUUCUCUCUUUCUCUUCCUUCUACAGAAACCAACAACCCACUUGUUUCUUUCUCCCUCUCUCUGUACAAGAACAAAAAAAAAAAGGAAGAAUAUGAAGAAGAAGAAGACGCAGGAAGCAGAAGAACCAGGAGAAGAAGGAACCCCCACCCCACCCCACCUCACUUGUGCUCUUCCUUCUCUCUUCUCUCCGACGUCGUCUCUUUCGCGCUCUGCGAUCUCAAAUCUCCGAAAUCGCCCAUGAAGCGGCAAACUUGCCAAUGAAGGAGAGUCAUUCGACGCCUGGUUGGCUAGAUCUUGGUUAGAACGUCCUUUUGGAUCGAAGAAGAGAAGGGAAGGCGUGAACGACGAUGAAGGUUGGCAAUGGACGUCGGUGAUGGUCCCAGCAACGAGAAGAAGGAAGUGAUUCGUCUACACUCAUGCCAGAAGGAACAUGUCAUGCCGCCGGCGGUGGGACUGCUGUCAACCGCGACCAAGGCGGUUGUGGAUAUGCAAUGUUAAGGAACUUGCUUAUGUCUUGGACGAAAAGGGUUGAUUUCCUUCCAUUCGAGACUGGUUGCUGGUUUCUUAUACGAAAUUGUGCUGCCCUGAAUUCGAAGAUUAUGAGAACUGGGGCCAGUACAUUGGAGUUUUCCUUACGUGAUGGCUAUUAUGUGGUGUUACUUUCGGUUUCAGGUUUCUUAUGUUCUGGUCCAGUUACAAAACUAAGCUACUUCAGAGUUUUGCCGGUUUCCUACUGUCAUUCUGCGUAA